CCCACAGACUGCCUUUUCCUCAGUGUAGAGAGAAAGAUGGCGCCUACUCACGUCCUGAGAUGCUGUCAACGAGGUUUAGCAUGGAUACCUGUAAUAUUUAUCGCUCUGGUCGUUUGCUGGUCGUAUUAUGCUUAUGUAGUGCAGCUAUGUAUAUUUACCAUCUUAAAUAUCGGAGAAAAAAUUGUCUACUUGAUCUUCUUCCACCUCUCAUUCAUAAUGUUUGUAUGGUCUUAUUGGAAGACCAUCUUCACCAAACCUGCAAACCCCUCCAAAGAGUUCUGCUUACCCAAGGUGGAAAAAGAGCGUUAUGAAAAGGAGGAGCGUCCUGAAUCUCAACAGGAGAUUUUGUGGCGUGUGGCAUCAACUCUGCCUCUUUACACGCGCACAGGAGCUGGAGCCAUACGUUAUUGUGAUCGCUGUCAAGUUAUCAAACCAGACAGAUGUCAUCAUUGCUCCGCCUGCGACAUGUGUGUCUUAAAGAUGGAUCACCAUUGUCCCUGGGUAAACAACUGUGUCGGCUUCUCCAACUACAAGUUUUUCAUCCUCUUCUUGGCCUACUCGCUGGUGUACUGUCUGUUUAUUGCUGCCACAGUCCUACAGUAUUUCAUAAAAUUUUGGACAAAUGAGCUGCCAGACACAGCGACACAUGCUAAAUUCCACGUCUUAUUUCUGUUUUUUGUGGCAGCCAUGUUCUGCAUUAGUAUUUUGUCCCUCUUCAGCUACCAUCUGUGGCUUGUGGGGAAGAACAGAUCCACCAUAGAGGCAUUUAGAGCCCCUGUCUUCAGGACAGGCUCUGAUAAAAAUGGCUUCUCUCUUGGUUUCCGAAAGAACAUUGCUCAAGUCUUUGGGGACCAAAAAAAAUACUGGUUGCUGCCUGUGUUCACUAGUCAGGGAGAUGGCCUGACAUUCCCAACGAGGCUGGUGAAUGUUGAUGUAGAGCAAGCCACAGUCACCUUACACCCAGAGCCCAGUAAAAUUGUUACUGAGGUUCCUGCUAGUCCACUCAGCGAUUCACAGAACCGGCUGUUGAGCGAUGACCAGCACACUAACCAUGUAGAAGACCAUCUGUCCAAUAACUCCCCCAAAUCAGCAGGAAGUGAAACCAUUACAGUCACUAUGGAGAGCGAGUCCUAACCAGGUAUACAUGAGGAUGUAAUCCUCCUUUGUCUGAUGAUGCCUUAACCGACCGUUAAACAGUUUAGGCUGUCGCCGUGGUAACAGUCUCCCAGCGCACCCAAAGCCCCUCGCCUCCUCCAGAGUAAUUAUGGGAAACGCAUCUGUCCUGAAACCUCACACCCACCAUCUUGUCACAUUCGCUAAACAUGUUUUUAUUUCUCUAAUUCUACUAAGAGCAUAUUAUGGAAGCUAUUUGUGCCAAAAGUUGAUGCAGUGCACCCUUCUUAUACUUUGCCUUCGACACAAGGCUGUUGAAUUUUUUGUAUUUUUUCCUCUUUGUUUUUUAAAUAUGUGAGAAAAAUAUGAGAUGUUAUUCCAGUCUAAAACCUACUCAUUACUAAGGUUUGCCUCUGGACUUUAACACACUGGGUUUUGGAUUGCAAAUUGGAUAUCAGAGCACAAGAUGGCGCUAUUGCACUUUGUAGUUUAUAAUUACCAUUACAGCAAGUGCUGCUCUUAGCCUACCCAACAUUACAGGUACAAUGAAUGCUGGGUGUGAUUUAUUCUGUUUUCAACUCUUUAUGUAUGCGAUUUUCUAAUGAGAAAGAAAAAAUAGUAUCACAUGCUGCUUGAUACAUAUUUCACUUGGUGCAAAACAUUUUUCCACAUAGUUAAUUAGUUAAUUCUGUGCUUAACUCUAUCAACUCAUUUCGUCUCCACUGUCGGGUACAUCAGCGUUCAUCAGGUUACCAAGACACCAAAAAAGGGCUUCCCCAAAACUUUAGCCCUGAAGUGUUUACAGCAUCCUCGCUUUGUCCUGCUGCCAAAUAUGUCAUCAAACCAAAUGGAUAAGUAGUAUGGAUGCCAUUUUUCUACAGGAUGUCAGCCGCUGCUUUCACAGUGGAUUAUGAUGUCCUUGCAGUAUUGGUGUUGGCCAGCAGGUGGUGACAUAACUUCAGCUGUUUCAGAGCGGUAUGAGUGCUUUCAACGAGAAUCUCUGGGCUCAAGUUACUUUUUGUUUCACUUAAUUUCUACAAGAAUCUGAAGCAUUUUAUAUUACUAUAUAAAUCAUUUAUAAAGUUCUAAUUAUUCUAAUUGAACGGUGGUUUUUUGAACCCACAUUUAUUAGGUGGGUCUGAAGUGACUGUGUACUGUUAAUACUUAACAGUUUUUGUCUGUGUUAAACAUCUGGGAUGUGGUUGAGCUCCUAAAGGUUCUGAAAUGCCAAAACUAACCAAGUUUUCUAAUUCCAUUUUGGAAAGCCUUUUCCUCACAAAUCAUGAUUUCUUCAAAUGAGACUGAGCCUGAUUCCUGAUGUCUCUCUUCCUUCCCACUGAUGUCGCUUGCCCUUUGACCUUCCCGAUGUUUACAACUCUUUGUAUUGUGUCGAGUGAGCCAGUGGUGUUAGCUGUUGUUUAAUUGUUGUCACACUUGUGCAGAAUGUACCUCAGUCUGAGACAGAUUAUAGCCUGCUUUUUAUUUUGAUUAUUUUUUCUAUUCUACACAUUUUUAUAACCAAAAUGUAUUAUAAUACUUUAUAAUGGCUGUUUUAAGUAUAUACAGUUUGUUUUAUGAGA